GGAGGUUCCCGGGUGAGGGGGGUGUUGUUGCCCCGGGGAUGAGCUGUAAGUACACAUUGCGCUUCGCUCCAAACUCUCUGGGGGAAUUUGAGGACUUCCUGGUGGUGGAGACCCAGGCUGAGCAGCUGCUUGUGGUGCCCGUCAUAGCCAGAAGACCCCCUCCAAUACUCACAUUACCAAGAGUUCUGGAGUGUGGUUGUUGUCUGAUCGGAGGAGUCAAGUUCGUGGAGUUCCUGUGCCAAAAUGUUGGCGUCAGCGCCGGGACGUUCUGCAUCGUCCCCAAAAACCAGUGGCCAGCCUCCAACCUGAGGUGUCUGGCGAGAACUCACUUCUCUGAGCAGCCACCCUUUGCGAUCAGCCCGUCUCUUUUCGUGCUGCAGCCAGGAGAGGUCACUGUAGUGGAG